AUGGCCGCCAAGUCUCUGGCCAUUUCGGCCGCCGCGGCGCCCGGGCUGCGCCGGUCCCUGGCCGCCCAGGCGCCGGCCGCGUCCUUCUUCAGCUCCCAGCCGGCGCGGGCCGUCGUGAGCCCCGCGCAGCACCGCGUGGGCGAGUACGGCCUCGGCGGCCGCCACAGCGUGUCCGGCGUGCGCUGCGCGCUCUUCGGGGGCAUCGGGUUCCUCGGGCGCUACGUCUGCAGCGAGAUGGGCAAGAUCGGGACGCGCGUGCGCGUCGGGAACCGGGGCUGCGAGCUCGAGGCGCGCCACCUCAAGGUGAGCUUCGACCACGGCCAGUUCCACGCGCCGUUCUACUCGGCGCGCGACGAGGCGUCCAUCGCCGAGGUCAUCGGGCGGGCGAACGUCGUCGUGAACAUGGUGGGCAAGUACUACGAGACGCGGAACGUCGUGCCGACGAAGCGCGCGGACGGCGCGUACAGCAACGUCAACUAUUCGUACGAGGAGGUCAACGUCGACGCGGCGCGGGCGAUCGCCCGGCAGGCCAAGGCCGCGGGCGCCGCGGGCUUCGUGCACGUGAGCGCCAUGGCCGCCGACGCCAAGAGCCCGUCCGAGUGGGCGCGCACGAAGGCCGCGGGCGAGGCGGCCGUGCUCGAGGAGUUCCCCGAGGCGACGAUCGUCCGGCCCUGCACGCUCUUCGGCUGGGAGGACCGGCUCCUCAACUGGUUCGCGGGCAUCGCGGGCAUGCCCGGGGCCCUCGUGCCCCUCGUGGACGACGGCGCGUCCGUGCUCCAGCCCGUCUACGCGGUCGACGUCGCGAAAGUCAUCAACCAGAUCACGCUCGACCCGACCAAGUACGCGGGGCAGGUCGUGGAGCUCGGCGGGCCGGCGGAGUACACGCGCCGCGAGCUCGCCGAGUUCACCUUCGACGUCACGAAGCAGAAGGCGACGCUCGUGCCCGUGCCCGCGCAGCUGGCGGAUUUCGCCGCGGGCUUCAUGAACCUGGCGCCGUCGCCCAUGUGGACCCGCGACGAGGUCGCCCUCGAGACCGUCGACGUCGUCGUGCCACCAGGCACGCCGAACCUCACCUUCGCCGACUUCGGCAUCGCGCCGACGCCCAUCGAGAAGAUCGCCUUCUCCUACCUCCACCGCUACCGCGAGGGCGGCCACUUCAUCAUCGCCAAGGGCUACCACGGCUAG